AUGGAGAAAAAUGUUUCUAUUCAACAGCUUACUGAGGAAAAGGAAAUACAAAAAAAGGGUGCGAUAUGCUUGCAAAAUUGUACUUAUUCCAUUGUACAUGAAGUAGCAAUGACAAUGGGCAUGCAUAUAGUAAAGCCUGAAGGAUCGUGGGAUUUGUGGUGGUGUACCACACCCAUGGACUUUAAAAAAGCCAAAACUUUAAAAAAAUACCAAAAGACGAAUCAUUUUUUGGGUAUGUCAGAAAUUUGUCGUAAGGAUUCAUUGGCUCGCAAUCUCAACACAAUGUCCAAUAGUUUUCGAGACGAUUAUAACUUUUAUCCUAUGACGUGGUAUUUACCAUCAGAUUACAUAAAAUUUCAAACUUACGUGAAUCAACAUAAAAGUGCAACAUAUAUUUUAAAACCAACAACAGGAAGUCGAGGAACCGGAAUAUACAUAACGAAAUCUCCGAAAAAAAUUAAUCAAUAUGAGCAAAUGAUUUGUCAGCUUUAUAUUUCCAAACCAUUGUUGUUAGACGGCUAUAAAUUUGACAUGCGUGUGUAUACUUUAAUAGCAUCGUGUGAUCCACUUAAGAUAUACGUUUACAAUGAUGGUCUUGUCAGAUUAGCAACGGAACCAUAUGUAACGCCUACGCACGAUAAUGUGAACGAUCGGUUUAUGCACCUAACCAAUUACUCGGUAAACAAAUGCAAUAAAAUGUACAUUGAUAACGAACUUUUUGGAAGUAAACGUCGAAUUACAGCACUUGCUGAUUGGCUCCAUUCAGAAGGCUACGACGUGAAAAAAAUAUGGAACGAAAUUGAUGACGUCAUCAUUAAAACCAUGAUCUUGGCCUAUCCGUUUGUCAACCGCAGCUAUCAGUCGUGUUUCUCUGGUCAUAAAUACACGCCGCCAUGCUUCGAGAUACUUGGAUUUGAUAUACUUUUGGAUGAAAACUGCAAACCGUAUCUCUUGGAAGUUAAUCAUUCACCAGAUUUUCACACGGACACUUCGACUGACAAAAUAGUGAAACGAGAACUAUUGAUUGAUACGUUUAGGCUAUUGCAGUUGAAUAAGACUCUAAAAAAAUUCGUUUCUGGGGAGGAUAAAUGGAAAAUUCAACAACAAACCAUCAAAGCUGAUAAAAACGUUUAG